GUCAAUACAUGGCAUCGUUCAUAACCUAUAAUCUCCAAAUCGAUCAUUUUUCCGUGUUGUUUGGAGUUCGUAAAAUUAAAAAAGUUUUCGCAUAGAAAUUCAAUUUUUUUUUAAAGGUAUUUUGCUCUAAUUAAAUUUUUUGUUAGUCAUUAUCUCUCAUCAUAAUGGGUAAACCUCGUGGUAUUCGUACGGCACGUAAACAUGUUAACCAUCGUCGUGUACAAAAGUGGGCUGAUAAAGAUUAUAAAAAAGCACAUUUAGGAACAAGAUGGAAAGCCAAUCCUUUUGGAGGAGCAUCUCACGCUAAAGGAAUUGUUUUAGAAAAAGUUGGUGUUGAAGCUAAGCAACCUAACUCUGCUAUUCGGAAGUGUGUUCGUGUACAAUUAAUAAAGAAUGGGAAAAAAAUUACUGCAUUCGUACCCAGAGAUGGUUGUUUAAAUUACAUUGAAGAAAACGAUGAAGUAUUAGUUGCUGGUUUUGGUAGGAAGGGUCAUGCUGUAGGAGAUAUUCCUGGAGUACGAUUUAAGGUUGUCAAAGUAGCUAAUGUUUCAUUGCUAGCUCUUUACAAAGAAAAGAAGGAAAGACCAAGGUCUUAAAUGUUUAUGUUGAUUAAUAAUUUUUUUUUUAAUAAAGCAACAACUAUAAACACCUUGA